AUGCAUCUUAAGCUCAUUGCUCUCACUACUGCUCUGGCCGCUAGCCUUAGUCUGGCAGCGCCUGUCGAAUAUUCAAUCCAGGCUAGAGACUCGGACUCAGCUGUUGGCCAGGCAUUCUACAACAAGUACAACGAAAAGCGCGAGGAUGCCGAGACUGACUCCACCGUUGCAUUUUACAACAAGUACAAUGAAAAGCGCGAGGAUGCCGAGACUGACUCAGCUGUUGGUCAAGCAUUCUACAACAAGUACAAGGAGAGCAAGCGUGAGGAUGCUGAGACUGACUCAACCGUCGGCCAAGCAUUUUACAACAAGUACAAUGAAAAGCGUGAGGAUGCUGAGACCGACCCCACUGUUGGUCAAGCAUUUUACAACAAGUACAAGGAGAGCAAGCGCGAGGAUGCCGAGACUGACUCAACCGUCGGUCAGGCGUUCUACAACAAGUACACUGAAACCAACUAG